GCGUGGGGGCGGGGCCAGCAGCACAUAGAGAGCUCCCAUUGGUUGGAAGCGGCACCGGUCACACUCCCAGUCCCUCCAUUGGUCCUAUCUGUAAGACGUAGUCCCAGUAAAAGGAUGGGACUUCACUAGGGAUGUUAAGAUACUGCAAGGCAACUUAGAGAAAGCUGGGAGCCCGUGGGAGAGGCUGCUGCGACGCGCUGGUGGGUUCUUCUGAUCCAUUUUUGUGCCUUUCUAUUCUCCACGCAAGACUGAAAGUCCAUAGAGACAUGGCCACCAAUGCCAGCCCCUCGCAUCCAUACUGGCCACGCCACCUGCAGCUGGAUAACUUCGUGCCCAAUGACCGCCCCACCUGGCAUAUCUUGGCUAGUCUCUUCUCUGCCUCGGGAGUCUUAGUUGUGACUACAUGGCUGCUGUCAAGUCGUGCUGCAGUCAUCCCACUGGGAACUUGGAGGCGAAUGUCCCUAUGCUGGUUUGCCGUGUGUGGCUUCAUUCACAUGGUCAUUGAAGGCUGGUUCAGCCUCUACCACAGGGAUCUUCUGGGGGACCAAGCCUUCUUGUCCCAACUCUGGAAAGAAUAUUCCAUGGGAGACAGCCGCUACCUUCUCAAUGACAACUUUGUGAUCAGCAUGGAGACCAUCACGGCUUGUCUCUGGGGACCGCUCAGUCUCUGGGUGGUGAUUGCCUUUCUCCGCCAACAGUCCUUCCGUUUUGUCCUACAGCUUGUAGUCUCAAUGGGUCAGAUCUACGGUGAUGUGCUCUAUUUCAUGACCGAGUACAUUGAUGGAUUCCAGCAUGGGGAGGUGGGUCACCCACUCUACUUCUGGUUUUAUUUUGUCUUCCUGAAUGCCCUGUGGCUGGUGGUGCCAGGGAUCCUUGUGCUUGAUUCAGUGAGGCAACUCGCCCAUGCCCAAAGUAUGCUGGAUACCAAGACAACAAAAAACAAGAGGAAGCAGAACUAAUGAACAGUGAACUGGACUCACACGGUGAACUGACAGAGAACCCUCUAAUGGCCCGGAGAGAGCAGUCCUGUUUCUACAGGUUGGAGGGACAAAGCAAAUGGAUUUCUCAAACUCAGGCUGAUGGGAAGAGAUGAAAAAGGACCAAAGAUAAGGGUGGGGGGUAGAGAAAAAAAGGAGCUGUUUAGGGCUCCUGCCAGAAGCCAUUGGGACAAAGGUCCAAGAGAACCUAGGAGGUCCAUGACAGUGGCAUAUUUUAAAAUCAGGAAAUAAAAGACCUUGACCCUAA